AAAAAUCUCAAAAUGGGCCUUCCCUAAUCCCCUACACGUGCCUCACCAUCUCUCGUUCUCUCAGUCCCUCCUCUCUCAACGCUCUUUCUGGGGUUUCUUCUUCUCCUAGCUGCUGCUGCUGCUGCUGCUCACUCCAGUCUCAACCAGCACCCAGCAGGGAUGGUAAUGGGGGCUCUUGGUUCUGUGGAUGACCUCUUGAAUUUCUCAUCAGACAUUGGUGAGGAAGAUGAUGAUGACGAGAAACCUAACAAAGCCUUUCCUUCACUUAACCCAAUAUGCAGUGAUCCACCAUCAUUUAACCCAUCGGACCUGAACGGUCGUAGUCAUUCAGUUCCUGCAUAUGCAGAAGAGGAGCUCGAAUGGUUAUCUAACAAAGAUGCAUUUCCUGCCAUUGAAACAUUUGUCGAGUUAUCUUCUAUUCAUCCAGAUCUAGCAAAGCACCAAAAGGCUGCCCCAAAGAUUGACUAUAGCACAAGCAGUAGCAACAGUAAUAACAGCAGUAACAGCAUUACCCUCUUAAGUGGCUACGAUCACCUGAAAGUCCCUGUCCGUGCACGGAGCAGGCGUCGCAGUAGGCGUCGCCCUAUCAUUGCUGACAACUCUGGCCAGCAAUUCUGGUGGCAACAACUGAGCAAUGAAAUUUGCAAAGAAGAAGCGAUAAAAAUCUCAACCAUUGGGAGGAAAUGUCUUCACUGUGGAGCUGAAAAAACUCCACAAUGGCGUGCAGGUCCCCAUGGUCCAAAAACACUUUGUAAUGCAUGUGGUGUUAGAUUUAAGUCUGGCAGACUUGUGCCUGAAUACCGUCCGGCAAGUAGCCCAACUUUUCGCACUGAAUUACAUUCCAAUUCCCACAGGAAGGUAAUGGAGAUGAGGAAGCAAAAGCAUAUGGGAAUGGGUUGAAGGCCUUGGAUUAAUGCCCAGUAGUGAGUGGUUCUUUAGCAUUUAACGUGAUAGAACUUAGGGCUUUGAUUUUCUUUUCCAUUUAGAUUUAUUCUAUUAAAUUUUUCAUCCAUUUUUGCUGUGGGAUGAGUUUAGAUGGGCAGUGAAUAUUCUUGAUAGCAUUGAAGUUAGGGAGGUCUUGAAUCAUUUGUCUUUUUAUGAUGAAAACAAGAAGCAAAUUUGGGAUUUUCUUGAUUUGGCUUUUUAAUGCUUGUAUCAUGUACUUUCAUUGGGGAUCAGGGAGAAGGUGAGUUGCUGGAGUAACGAUUGUGGUCCCUUUACCGGAGAGAAGCUCUUAUGUUUAUCUGAACUAAUUCUAAACUAAUGGACAGUGCUGUUGCUGAUUCUAGAGGAAUUAAGAUACCAUCCAUGUAUUUGAAUAAAGAAAAAAAAAUGCUGUCUUAGAUGCAAAGACAGGUUAGUUCUUUAAUUUUUGAUCCUCCGUCGGAGGGUCUAGAUGUUGGAGUAAAAAUUGAAUUGAUCAA